UCCCUGUGAUCUCAGUCAAGUCCGGCCUCGUCUACGAAUCCCGGCUGAUUCGCAAGUACAUCGACGAGAAUGGCAAGGAGCCCACGACUGGUGAGCCCCUCAAGGAGGACGAGCUCGUAGAGGUCAAGGCCAGUAAGUACCAUGAUGAUGAGUUCGGCGCGCGUGAUGAAAACUUCAAAACAAAAAUACAUUAUCAACUAGAAGCUGUUGAUGAGCCUCGAGAGGGGCGUGGAUUUGAUCAAGACCUUCUGAUGCCAGCGAGAUGGGGCGAGGCGAGCAACAGUCACAACGUAUGAUCGCAGAGCUGACCAUCUACUCUUGCUCAAAUACCCGUAGACCCUCGUACAAUCGCCCCUCGUCCCCCCACACUCUCGUCAAUCCCGGCCCUCCUCUCCUCCCUCCAAAACGAGUAUGAUGCUAUCAUGCUCGAGAUGUUCAACCUCAAAAAGCAGUACGAAGGCGUACGACAAGAGCUUGCUCAUGCUCUGUAUUCCAAUGAUGCAUCAAACCGCGUCAUUGCUCGACUGAUGUACGAGCGAGAUCAGGCCAGAGAAGCGCUGGUCAAUGUGCAGUCGUCGCUGGGUGGGAGCCUGGGAUCGAGUAGCGCAGCAGCAGGCCCGUCACAGGAUACCGACAUGGCGGAUGCGGAUGGAGCAGCGCCUUCGUCAUCGAGCACCGUCGAGGCUGGCCCUGCCAUUCCUGAGGCUCUUUCGACAACCAUCGACACGACUGUCGCCAAACUCUUAGCAGAGCGACGCGCCAAGUCGAAGCGCAAGGUCCUGCCCGAGGGCUACGCAACAGCAGAAAGCAUCGCAGCAUACACGGACGGCUCGUCGUCGUCUUCCUCCGUCGUCAAACUCGGCUCAGCUCGCACGGCGCAAACGGGCAUCAACACCCUUGAUGUCAGCCUCGACGGCAGCGCAGUACUUGUUGGCGGGAACGAUAAGAACAUAGAAGUCUAUAUGCACGACGCGCAAGGCGGCGAGGGCCAGUCAAUCGCCCAGCUCAAGGGACACAAGAAGCCGCUCAUUGCUGCUCAAUUCAUCAAGAAGCCUGCGCAGGUCCUGCCCGUAGGCGCAGAAGCUGCUGCAUCCGCAGCUGGUCUGCCUGUAGGGAUCGUCUCGGCGUCGGAGGAUGGGGUGGUCAAGGUGUGGAAGCUGGAGGGCGAGACGUACAUCAGCGAUUACGAUAUUGCCCUGGCUAAGGAGGCUGCUGCAGCACUGACGGGCAUCUCAGUCCAUCCGUCGGGAGAGUACGUGGCUCUCUGCACCAGCGAAGGGACUAUGCUUGUUCACUCACUUGCCGCGGGCGAGGAGGUGUUGAGCAUGUCCGCCCCAGCAGAAGAAGAGGCAGACGAAGCAGCCGGCGGCUACUCGUACACCACGCUGCAAUGGCACCCAGACGGCCAACUCGUCGUGCUGGGUACAUCGAGCGGUAUCGUCCGUAUCUGGGACGUCAAGACGCUCAAGAAGGCGGCUACGCUUCGCCCUACCCCAUCCACCUCACCAUCCUCCAACGGCGACUCCUCCGCCGCGGCGAUCAAGAGUCUCGAUUUCAGCGAGAAUGGCUACUUCCUCUCGCUCGUCUUGCCCGGUCGCGUCGAGGUGUGGGACCUGCGCAAGCUCGCCCUCGCUGGCAGUCUCGAGCUGGGCGGUGGGGUGCAGCCGCUUGCGGUCAAGUUUGACCCGUCGGGCUCCUACCUGGCUGUCACGGGUGCAGGCGGCAAGGUCGGCGUGUAUGCAAACAAGAGCUGGAAGCUGUUGUUUGACGGGAGCGCUGUGGCUGGCGAGAAGGAAGGCGAGGAGGCGGGCGAUAUCAAGGCGGUGGCAUGGGACUCGAGGAGUGGAAAAGUGAUUACGGGCGGAGGGGAUAGGGCGUUGAGGGUCUGGCAAGCUGCCAGUGCGUGAUGCGAGGCAAGGGUGAAAGUCAUUCAUUCAGAUAGUCAGGCAGAUGCGCAGACAUGGUGAUGCUUCAAUUGAUGUUUGUAUUCAAGUGACUGAAGAGCCCGAGUCUCCAUGACACGACAGUGA